UACUGUUUAGAACAGUAAAGAUGUUAUCGCCUCUACAACGUGCCUGUAGAUGAUAUAUUUAUUUAUAUCAAAUACAAAUAAUAAUAUAAGAUGGAAGCUUAUAUUUUUUAUCGUAGUAAAUUAAUUCCGUGUUCUUCCUCCUGGGAUCGAUUAGUACAGUCAGCGGAGCAGCUCUAACUCGAUUAGCCGUCCUGUUGUUUGUAUUGUUAGCGGAAGCAGAGCAGUGAUGACGGUCUCCCCGGUGUGUUUACGUUAGGAGCCGACGGUAAUGGCCGUUAAACGUUAAACAUGGAGUCCCGGUGUGAGUAUUUCAUGUAUUUUCCCGCCGCUCCGGUAUCAAGUCUCACCGACCUGUCCGAGUUCACGUCUCUGCCGAAGCGGAAACAGGUCUACCUGGGGGAGACCGUCCAGGUGCUGCUGGUCCUCAGGUUCCGGUUGCAGGACGCGGUGAAGAAGGGUGACAGCUCUGGUAUCUCACCCUGGAAGGACCUGGCAGGCUCUCUGUCCGCUGUGGCGAGCGUGUGCGCCGCAGAGAGGCGACAGCAGAGAGCUGAUGAGUGUGAGCCGGACAUCCAGACCUCCAGCUGCAGCGAGGACGAAGAGGAGGAGGAGGAGCCAGCGGGGGACAGGACCCGGGCGUUCACGCACUGCAGCCCGCUUCUCAUGCACAGCUACCCGGGCAGAGAUGGGCGACCGGGCGCCAGGGAACCGGUGAAGUCUGCUCUGGUUCUGGACGAUCAGGUCGUCUUCUGUCUCACCGUCUCUCUGGACAAACUGCCCGUCAACACGGUCAGAGCAAAGGUGGUGGUGACGGUGUGGAAGCAGGAUGACGAGGAGGUGGAGGUGAGAGAACACGGAUACCUGACUCUGCUGCAGCUAAGGAGUCCAGCACAAACCUUCAGACAGGACCAGAGCUCCUUCAAGGCUCAGGUCAGCACCUUCCUCAACGUUCUUCCUCCUCCCAGCCUUCAGUGUCAGCAGAUGACUGUGUCUGGAAAACACCUCACUGUCCUCAAAGUGUUGAACUGCAGCUCUCAGGAGGACGUCUGUCUCAGAGACAUGAAGAUUCUCCCAAACUACAACUCGUCCUACCUCCCCAUGAUGCCCGACGGCUCCGUCCUGAUCGUCGAUACCGUCUGCCACCAGCCGGCUGAGGUCUCCACGGCGUCGUUCUGUCGGAUAGACAGCGAGUCGUCACGUUUACCCAGCAUGCUCAGCGCCCUGGAGGAGCAGAACUUCCUGUUCCAGCUGCAGCUACAAAACUCAGACGAUGAAGACUCGAGUGAGGGUUUGGAGGUCCCGUUGGUGGCUGUGUUGCAGUGGUACACUCCAAAUCUGCCGUACACCAGAUUUAUCUCCAGUUGUUACUCGUUGCCGAGUAUCCGCCUGGAUCGUCCUCGCCUGGUGAUGACAGCUUCCUGUCCCCGGGCGGUCAGACCUCUGGAGCUCUUCUGGGUUAAAUACACCCUGCUCAACGACCUCCAGGACUUCCUGUCCGUCCGUCUGAUCUGGAACGCUGAGGCUCGGCGAGGAGGUGCGAAGGACGCCAUGUUGGACUCUGUGGUGUGUCAGUCUCCUCUCAAUCACCUGGGUCGGUGUAGAAAAGGCUCCGUCCUCUCCUUCAGCGUGGCGUUUCAGAUCCUUAACUCAGGACUGUUCGAGCUGAGUCAGCACAUGAAGCUGAAGCUGCAGUUCACCUCCUCUCCUCCGGGGGAGCCUUCGUCCCCUCUGAAGAACCCUCCACCAUCAUCAUCCUCACCUUCAACCAGCCGAGCCGUCAGAGACCUGCAGGAGGGACACGGCCUGGGCCGCUCUCAGAGCUUCUCCCAUCAGCGUCCGUCCAGGAGUCACCACGUCAGGUCGGGCAGUGUGAUGGACCCUCACAUCAUCACCCCUCCUGUGGGGUCUCCGUCGGGUCGAGCAGUCGCCCCUGAACACGCCUCCCUCCCACUGGACAAGAUCGCAAAGAGAGAGUGUAAGGUGUUGGUGCUGCAGCCAAUCAGAGGGACACACAGCAGAGUCUCAUCUACCGCCUGAGAGAGAGGAACCGAGGCGAGGACGAGGAGAUGAGAGGAGGAGGAGGAGGAUGAGGAGAUGAAAAGAGGAGAGGAGAGGAAAGAGGAGAGGAGAGGAGAGAACGAGGAGAUGAAAAGAGGAGAGUAGAGGACAAGGAGAUGAGAGGACGAGAGGACAAGGAGAGGAGAGAUGCUGCAGGGUAAAGAUGAUGAAUAACAGAAAAUAUGGAGUGAAGAACAUUUUUUCACUUAAAGAGUUUACACUGGUUCAUCAUCUCACUGGUUUAUCAUGACCUGUGUCCACAGACGGCGCCCAUAGCCUCAUUUUCAGAGCGCUUCACACUAGUGUUCAUGGUUGCUAUGGUUACCAAAACUAACUUCCUCUUUAAUUCAUCAUGAAGACGAUGUAGAGGAGUCGUGUCCUGACGCCAGCAGGAAACUGUUCCCUCCAGAAGACGAGGAAGACCAGCGUCUCCUCCGCCAUUGUUGUUGACAAAGACAAUGUUGUAAGCCCCGCCCCUUCUUGAUUCUGAUUGGCCGGAGAAGAAGAAGAUAUCGACGAGUGUGUCGUUCCAAAAGUUGAACAGACGGCAAGGGCGUUUGAGCACUCAGGACGCUGAGACGCUGACUUACAUUUGUUCAGUAAGAAAAAAGGGCGGUGUCUGUGGACAUGGGCCUAAUGGUUCCUUUCCACUGGUUUUUAAAUGAACUGGUUUAUCCUUCCAUUCAUUUAAUGAAUCCUUCACUGGGAUUUAGUUUUUCUGUUGUCUUAUGAUUCUGGUUCAUUUCUAAUGGUUUAUCAUUUCACUGGUUUGUCAUUUCACUGGUUUAUUAUUGUACUGGUUUAUCAUUUCACUGGUUUAUUAUUGUACUGGUUUAUCAUUUCACUGAUUUAUUAUUGUACUGGUUAUUCUGUAAUUUCACUGGUUCAUGGUCUUACUGGUUUUCUGUUCUAUUGGACACAAAACAGAAAUUUGAUUCCACUGAUUUAUCGUUUACAGUCCAUUGUCAUUCCACUGGUAUUUGAAGUUUAACUGGUUUAUCUUUUAUUUUGAAAAUCCUUCCAUUGAUUUCUUGUUGAGUUAUCAGUUUAUGAUUCCACUUCCUGUGGGAGCUCGUCUCCUUCACAUGAACGUCAGAGUUUUAAUUUGAAGUUUGUUUUAACACGUGCUGCUUUAUUGUGUUAAUGGUUUCUGAGAGUGCGUUCCAGUUCAGCGUGGCUCAAACCUUCAGGAGCCCGAGCUAAAAUCAGGGCCCGACCGAUAUGAAGGUUAUAUACCGAUAUAUCGGCCGAUACCAAUAUGAGGCAGAUAUCUUUCUUCGAUCUGUCGAGAUAUAUUUAGAUAUUCACAUUCACUGUUUUGAUCCCUCAGUUAUCAAACACCGGAAUGGAACGCACCAUGAAGAACAUUUGACAGACUGUUGGAGAAUCUGAUUCUCUGCUUUGUUUUUAGUUUUUAGUUUUUCUGGCAGCUUUUGGUUUUUGGUCGGUUUAAAAACAAGACCGUAUUCUUAAACUGUUCGAUGGA